AUGACCGCCCUCACCUCGUCAUUGCCAGAUCGACCAGCCGUCGGCCCGCCGCCACCGCCGCCUCCCGCGCUGCAACCGUCGGCCUCCUCGUCAUCCCUCAGACCAGGACCGCCACCUCCUCCGCCAGUGCCUUCCGCUUCCGCCCACUCGACGUCGGGCGACCCGGCCGAUGCGGCGGCAGAAGAGGCCAAGCGAGCCAAAAAGGCCCGCCUCGAGGAGUGGAGAAAGAAGCAGGCCGCCAAAAAGGCCCUCGAGGAGGCAAAGGCGCGCGCCCAGUCCAUCGCCGGCAUCGCCGCACCCACGCCGCCCCGCGCCUCGGACGGCCCCACGACGAUCAACGCAAAGGGCCUGCGCGGCCUCUCGCUCCGCCCCAACUUCAACAAGAGCAAGCUCGGCUCCGCCUCGGCCAUGGACGACACGGCAGAGCAGCCCGCCAAGCCUCAGCUCAAGCGCUUCACGCUGCCGCCCGUCGACCCGCUACUCAAGCCGGGCGCCGGCGGCAAGGUCGGCACCGGCUCCGACCUCGAGGGCGGCGACAGCGAUGACGACGACGACGACGACCAGCAGCAGGAUCCCCUCGCCGCCCUCGUCAAGCCGAGCAACGCCAUGGACGUCGACGGCGACGACGACGACGAAGAAGAGGACCCGCUCGACGCAUUCAUGAACACGGUCAAGACCGAGGUCAAGCAGGUCGACGAUGAGGACCGCAAGCGCCUCGGCAAGCCCGGAACGAGCAAGCCGCAGGUGCAGGUGCUGGGCGCCGACGAGAGCGACGGCGAGAACGGCGCCGAGGGCGAGGCGGAAAGGGACGAGCUGGAUCAGGUCGGCAUGGCGGCCGAGGACCUCAUCGCCAUCGCCGCCAAAAAGGUCAAGAAAAAGGAUCUGCCCACCGUCGACCACGCCAAGGUGGACUACGAGCCCUUCCGCAAGGUCUUUUACCACCCGCCCGCCGAAAUCGAGGAGAUGACCGAGGACCAGGCCGAGCUGCUCCGCAUCGAGCUCGACGCCAUCUCGGUGCGCGGCAAAGACUGUCCCAAGCCGCUCACCAAGUGGUCGCACUGCGGCCUGCCCGCCAGCUGCCUCGAUGUCAUCCGUCGGCUGGGCUACACGGCGCCGACGUCGAUCCAGAGCCAGGCGAUCCCGGCCAUCAUGUCGGGCCGCGACAUCAUCGGCGUCGCCAAGACCGGCUCCGGCAAGACGAUGGCCUUCCUGCUGCCCAUGUUCCGCCACAUCAAGGACCAGCGCCCCGUCGAGUCGUCCGAGGGCCCCAUUGGCAUCGUAAUGACGCCGACGCGCGAGCUGGCGGUGCAGAUCUACCGCGAGAGCAAGCCGUUCCUCAAGGCGCUCGGCCUGCGCGCCGCGUGCGUCUACGGCGGCGCGCCCAUCUCGGAGCAGAUCGCCGAGAUGAAGAAGACGGCCGAGAUUGUCGUCGCCACGCCCGGCCGGCUGAUUGACCUGCUCACCGCCAACUCGGGCCGCGUGACCAACCUGCGCCGUGUCACCUACCUCGUCCUCGACGAGGCCGACCGCAUGUUUGACAUGGGCUUUGAGCCGCAGGUCAUGAAGAUUGUCAACAACAUCCGCCCGGACCGGCAGACGGUGCUCUUCUCGGCCACGUUCCCCAAGCAGAUGGAGAGCCUGGCGCGCAAGGUGCUGCGCAACAAGCCCCUCGAGAUUGUCGUCGGCGGCCGCAGCGUCGUGGCGGCCGAGAUUGAGCAGAUUGUCGAGGUGCGCGACGAGGCCACCAAGUUCAACCGCCUGCUCGAGAUCCUCGGCGACGUCUACAACCAGGACAAGGACGCACGCACCCUCAUCUUUGUCGAGCGCCAGGAGGCUGCCGACGACCUGCUCAAGGACCUCAUCCAAAAGGGCUACGUCACCAUGUCGCUCCACGGCGGCAAGGACCAGGUGGACCGCGACGAGACCAUCUCGGACUUCAAGGCGGGCAACGUGCCCAUCGUGACGGCGACGUCGGUCGCCGCCCGCGGCCUCGACGUCAAGCAGCUCAAGCUCGUCAUCAACUACGACGUGCCCAACCACCUCGAGGACUACGUGCACCGCGCCGGCAGGACGGGCCGUGCGGGCAACAAGGGCACCUGCAUCACGUUCAUUACGCCGCAGCAGGACCGGUACGCCAAGGACAUCAUCUCGGCGCUCAAGGCGAGCAAGGCCGCCGUCCCGCCGGAGCUCGAGGCGCUCGGGGAGAGCUUCAAGGAGAAGCUGGCGGCGGGCAAGGCGCAGGCGGCGGGGUCCGGCUUCGGUGGCAAGGGCCUCGAGCGCCUCGAGACGGACCGCGAAAAGACGCUCAAGGCGCAGCGCAGCGCCUACGGCGAGGGCGGCGACGACGAGGUCAAGAUGGCCGACGGUACGGCGGGCGAGGCCGAGGCGCGCAAGGAGGCGGCUCGAGCCGCCGCGGCCGAUGCGGCGCAGCAGCAGCGCGAGCGCAAGCCAAAGGAUCCGGACGCCACCGACUACCACGCCAUUGUGCCGAUCAACGACUUCCCGCAGCGGGCGCGGUGGCGCGUGACCAACAAGGAGACGAUGGUGCACCUGAUCGAGUCGACGGGGGCGUCGAUCACCAACAAGGGCGUGUUUUACAAGGAGGGCACCGAGCCGCAGCCGGGCGACCCGCCCAAGCUGCAGCUGCUCAUCGAGAGCAACAACCAGGAGAUGGUGGAGCGCGCCGUGCUCGAGAUCCAGCGGCUGCUGGUCGAGGCGACCCAGGCCGCCAUGGAGGCCGAGGCGAGGAACCCUGGCAACGCUCCCGGGCGGUACUCGGUCGUGUAG